AUGGAUCCUGCCAUUAUUUCCACCUUCCAGCGCCUCCUCCAAGAGAGCGGAAAAUUGGCCGUCACCUUUUUUAUUCUCCCGGCAUCGACGACUUUGCCCUUCAUGAAUACUCAGCAACAGCAUGGCAGCCCAUAUUUCUCUGGACCGGUGCAAGCCCCGCCGCCGCUGGAUGACCAAAACAAUAAACGGAAAGGAGACGACAAUGAGAAUCCUACCCCCAACAGAGAUCCAAACGAAACAGAUACAUCAGUAUCGCUUGGUGAACUAUCUUUGAUCCCGAUAUAUGUUACAUACGCUGAUGAUUGUCGCGUUUGUCCAGCAAUGAAUGUAAAAGACGAAAAAUCAAAUGCAACGGCCAGAACCCAUGUCAAAGAUGCGGAAACCUGUCGUUGGAAUGCGUCUAUGCCCCCAAUUGCUGCAGCUCCACCUUCAAGGAUUCGCAGUAGGUCCAUUGUCAUAUACACUUCUCUAUCACAUUUACUGAAUGGCUCCGCCAGGGAAUUUAAGGACAUGAGCGAUCAGAUCGAAGCCCUUCGACAACAAGUCAAUAACAUCUAUGGUCUUUAUCAUGACCUUCGAAAUACUCUUUCAUCUUACCCUGUGCAAACGCCCCUGAACCAAGUCGAACCAGCGGCAGCUUAUCGCUCUACACUGUCACCCUCGCAGUCGAGAGCAAGCCAUCCUCAAUUUCAAGGUCCGACUAGUGCAGCCUUCAAUCUAGAUGUGGCUAAGUCUAGUCUGCAGACCAUGGGCAUAACCCAGCCCGAGAUUCAAGAUGACUCAACAACGGGUGACAUAGAUCCUGCUCUGGGCCUAGAAUCGCACCAACAGCAAGCUCCUGUUGCUGCGAUGAUCAACAGUCCGCAUAAAGAUCCUUUGUGGCAACUUUCGAAAGACGACGCAAUCAGGCUUUGUAGGAUAUACGAUGAAGAGAUUGGCAUGAUGUAUCCGAUGCUCGAUAUCAACCAAAUCAUUCUCGAGGCAGACAUGGUGUUCGAUUUUAUUGAAAGUGCACGUAGGACAAAUCUCAUGCAAUCAGACCUUCCAGGUGCAGACAGACUAGAAGGCAGUGAUAUCAACAUCUUGAGAAUGGUGCUUGCAUCUGGGCUGAUGGCUGAAGGUCGUGGUGAAAGCACCCGGGGCCGAGCUAUCUUCGAAAGCUGCCAAGCAGCUUACCAGAAUAUCCUGUCGGUGAGCGCAGUAGACAUCAAAGGUCUCAUUCUCUUAGUAAUUCUGGCCGAGUAUCACUUUCAAGUAGAUGAAGAAGUUCAAGCUUAUCGUUGGAUUGGUGUCGCCUGCCGCUUAUGCAAUGAAAUGGGCAUAAAUCGCAGCAAGAGAUUGAUCGAGCUUUUCCCAGAUGACACACAACGCCAGUGGGCAGUCAGACUCUUCUGGUCGAUAUUUGUACUCGACCGCAGAUGGAGCAUCGGCGCCGGCAUGCCCUUCUCUAUGCAGGAUGCCGAUAUUGAUCAUGAUUUCCCAGAGCCUGAUGAUUCGACACCAUACCUCACAGCGAUGAUUGCAUACAGUCGCAUUGCAGCCAAAGUACAGAGAACGACACCCAAUCUGGAUAGCGGCCCACUCGACAUUGAUAGAGACAACAUUAAUUACCUCGAUUACGAAGUGCUAAAAUGGCAUCGAAAUAUCCCGGAAUCUUUACGAUUCGAUCCGUCGUCCAAGAGCUAUCAGCCUCCGUCUGGUGUCACUCGGGGACAACAACGGCUUCACAUUAUUCUUUACUUCCGGACAAACCAGUUGCGAACCUUGAUAUACAGGCCCGUUCUCCGUUCUGCGACGACGAUUGUGGAGAACCGGCAAUUUGCACAGACAGGGGUAGACGUUGCAAAGGAGACUGUCCAAGUCUUAACACGUCUGAACGAAACAACAGACAUCUACAGCACACAGCAAGUGUGCUUCAAUUACUUCCUAGCAUCUGCGAUUGCAGUCUUAUUCCUCGCCGUUUGCCAUGCCCCUGUGGAGUUUAGUCACCAAGUACGAGACGAGUUUUACUUGGCUGUUGACCUAGUCAGGGGUUUCAGCAACAACUCUCUUGUAGCUCAAAACAUCUGGAAAAUGAUCAGUAGCCUGAAAGCGUACGCCCCAAAGCUAGGGUUGAUCAGUCGACAAGCGCAAUCGACUACUCCUAAUGACGCUCAUUCUACGGCUGCUCUAGGCCUGGCUGACCUUGCCGGUCAGCAAGUAGACCAGGCGGCGGCCUAUGCAUCUGCAGGCCAUACUUCAGGAACAGCCAAUGCAAGCAGUUCCAUCAAUGGCCAACAAAUGAGCAAUGAACUCAUGAAUCUAUUUGAAGCAGCCAAAGGAUAUGGCAAUGCGCCCACGAGCGGCGCCCAAGGAAUGGAAGGGUCUGCGCCCAAUGCGUAUGCUAUGCCCUUGGGUGACAGAUCACAAGCUACAGAGGGUUUAGGUGCGAUGUACGGAACACAGGGGGAGCUUUCGAAGAUUAUGAAGGAUCUGUUUUAG